GCCGGGGCGGGCAGCGGGGCCGCACUCCGGUGGCGGUAGCCCCGGCGGAGCGUCGCGUCGGGCACGGGCUUGGUGACGGCUCCCGGCCCUGAGGUUAUGCGCUGGGGUGAUGGUCCCGCCGGCCGGCGUUAGGGGAGGGUUCCCCCUCCUCAGCCUCCUUCUCCUGCUGCUGCUCUGCCCCGGUGGCGGCUGCCUGCCGCGCCGCCGGCCCGCGGGGCCGCCCGUGGUGCUGGUUCCUGGGGACUUAGGUAAUCAGUUGGAAGCAAAGUUAGAUAAGCCAUCAGUAGUGCACUAUCUCUGCUCUAAGAAGACAGACAGUUAUUUUACACUCUGGCUGAAUUUGGAGUUGCUUCUGCCUGUCAUCAUUGAUUGUUGGAUUGAUAAUAUCAGGCUGGUAUAUAACCGAACAAGUAAGAUUACAGAACCACCAGAUGGAGUGGAUAUCAGAGUCCCAGGUUUUGGGCAGACAUUUUCCUUGGAAUUCCUUGACCCAAGUAAAAGGAGUGUUGGCAGUUACUUCUAUAUGCUGGUGCAGAGUUUAGUAGAUUGGGGCUACAAACGUGAUGAAGACGUAAGAGGAGCACCUUAUGACUGGCGAAAAGCACCAAAUGAGAACGGAGACUAUUUUGUGGCCCUUCGCAAGAUGAUAGAGUUAAUGUAUGAGCAGUAUGGAAGUCCUGUUGUCUUAAUUGCCCACAGCAUGGGGAAUAUGUACACUCUCUACUUCCUCAACCAUCAGACUCAGGAUUGGAAAGACAAGUACAUAAAGGAUUAUGUGUCAUUAGGCGCUCCGUGGGGAGGAGUGGCUAAAACUCUCCGUGUGCUGGCUUCAGGUGACAACAACAGAAUCCCUGUUAUCAGUUCACUCAAGAUUAGAGACCAGCAGAGAUCAGCGGUUUCCACAAAUUGGAUGCUCCCCUACAACUACACGUGGCCUCCAGAUAAGGUCUUUGUAAGCACACCUACAGCUAACUACACUCUUCGGGAUUACCGAAAAUUCUACAGGGACAUCAAUUUUGAAGAUGGCUGGCUCAUGAGACAAGACACUGAACCCCUGGUUUACCAGAUGACACCCCCUGGUGUGCGCAUACACUGUCUUUAUGGUACUGGUGUGGAAACACCUGAUUCUUUCCAUUAUGAAAGUUUUCCUGACAAAGAACCCAAGAUUCUUUACAGCGAUGGGGAUGGUACAGUAAACUUACAGAGUGCCUUGCAGUGUCAAAAGUGGGUGGACAUGCAAAAACAGGAAGUGGUGAUAUUUGAGCUUUCAGGAAAUGAGCAUAUUCAAAUGCUAUCCAAUGAUACUACUAUCUCCUAUGUGAAAAAGCUGCUUUUUGAUUUGUGAUACCUUGUGUUGGCAGUUAUUUUCCUCACCUGUGAUGCCUUCCCUAAAUAUGGGAAAAUGCCUUUCAAUCCCUUGAUAUUUAGAUAUUUGAAUUAUUUAUUUUGUGUUUUUUUUUUUUUUUUUUUAAGGCUUUGUUCAAGAAGUUGUUUGGUGUCCUAAAUGAUCGUUUGUCUCUGAUUUGUCUUCAUGAUGCUUCCUGGUAUUUUCAUAUUUGCAAAUUUGGUCAAAUAUGCAUUUUGGUGCCUCUGUGUCCAAUAUUCAUACAGACUUUCGUUUGGCAAUUGUGCAGCCCCUGGCGUGUACUACAUAGAAUCAUAGACACCUGAGUUCCUUUGCGUGGUCUUUGCAGGGUUUGGAGCGGGAGGGCGAGGAAGUAUUGGAAUUUCAAAUGCCCGUAAACCAAGGGAAUGAUAUUAACUUGAGAAGCACAGUAAACUUCUUAAAAGGUCAUGCAUAUUCUGAUCUACAGUUUCCAGUACCUUAGUUUGUAAAUGUGCAUACCUACUAGGUCAGAUAGGGCAGAGGUCUGUCUGGUACUGUACUACCUUUGUUGUAUCCAGCCUUUCUUUUGUUACAGCAUUUGGGGGAAAAGAGAUAGAUGUGUGAAUUACUUGAAGUUUCUUAUUAGGUAUCUUUUUGGCUUGUGUGUUUUGUGUGUUUUUUUUUUUUUUUUUUUUUUAAAGGAAGAAAUUGUUUGCUCAUUGACUUCUAGAACCUGAUUACUUACAAUCUGGAGUCUGAGGAAUUCUCACCUUGUGCUUUAUUUAUCAAUGAGGGAAAGAAGCUAAACAGUGAUUGGUGCUUGCAAUAACUGUAGCUGUGUGUAGUAGUACAUAAAUUAAAGCGGAGCUGAAUACUGGCAAACAAUCCAUACAGUGCAGAAUUGUAUUUCUCGGUAAAAAAUUAUCUCCUGUAGUAGAAAUGAUAAUGUAUGGUGGGCAUUAAUUCGAAAAGUGAACUUCCUGAAUUAGGUUGGGGAAUGGAAGCCAGCAUAAUACAGUAUGAAGUAUAAACCUUGUUAUCAGUCAAAUACUUAAGCUCUGAUCCAGUAACUGACCAAAUAGUGAUCGGAACAAUAUUGCAUUCAGCUUAAAAGAAUCUUUUACAUUUUAAGACUAAAAUUCACUUCCCAUAGAUCACAAGUUUCAUUAUUGCUGUUUCAAGAAGUUGGGACACAUUGUUCCUUAAAUGUUUCUGUAAAUUGCUGAACAUGCAGCUCUGUUAAUUUCCUACAGUAUUGUUUUACUCAAUGUUUAAAAAGAGUAAUUCAACUCUGAAUGACACAGAAACGAUAACCUAAAGGCCCUCAUAUUUACAAUGUUGAUUACGGAAGUGCUGUUGGAGAAAUAGUUUCACUUGAAGAUUCUCUUUUGCUUGCUUUAAAACCAGUCACCCAGUUAGACUGCACUUAGUUUCCUGAAAACACAGCUUUGAAUGCUUUCAAAAUGCUAGGUCUUCCAAGAAAAAAAAUGUUUUAAGCGUUUCAGAAACUCAUCAGAACUAUUGAGGAUUCAUUACUUAAGAAACUGAAGUUGUCUAAACGGUAAAGUUUUUAACUAUUUUGGUGGCAUGCAUGAAAUACUUGCUGUCUUUAAAUGUAUCUAUAAGAUGUGUUGAAAUGAUGGGCUUGAACUCUUGUUACUGUAGAAUGCAAAUGCUUUGGCACAGGAGGUAUGUUUAAGGCCUAAGUUUUAAUCAGAAAUGACUUGUAAAUCCAGAACAACUUGAACUAGGGUUGUGCAUAAGCUAAAUAUUUUCCUAGGUUUUAACUUCCUUAUGUAGCUUCAUUUUCCCCCGGAAUUUUCCCCUAUUACCUUUGUUGAGGGAGAGGACACAUAUUCCUGAUUUUUAAAACAGAACGUUUAUCCUGUCGUCAGCUGCCCAGGAACCUACAGUUCAGCAGCAAUAUUGCCUAGACUCCAGAGUAAGUACCGAGUUGCCCCAAGCCAUUUGUAAUUGUUAACUGCUGAAAAGAAAAAACAAAACAACAAUAACAACAAAAAAUCCCCACAAAAAAGUCCUUUAGCCAAGUGUUCUAUUUUAGGCAGGGCUGUCAGCUGGAUAAGCUUCAGGCUUGUGUUCCAAGACUGCUCAAAGAUAAAGCUCUUCCUGUGGUCUGUCUCUGUGGUUUGAUUUUUGAAGAAAUUGCUAUGAUACUGGUUUACAACAGAAAGAUGUUACAGAGAACAGUUUAUCACAAUCAGCAUUUCUUGCUGAAGUAGACUGCCUGUUAAUAAGCACUGGAAUGAGUGGAGAUGGAGGCUGUAUGGGAGGCUACCAACAUGGGCAUCAAGGGCUGAAAAAAAUGAGGAAAGAACAUAGGUAAACAGUUCUUAACCUGAUGUGAAGAAUUUUUCUAAGCUUCAUUUAGAUCCUUACCCAUUAAUCGGUGUUAUUUUCAGUCCCAUACCAAGAGUUUAGGUUCAGGGGUUUUUGUGAUUUGAAGUUCCAAAAUACAUGACUCCAAAAGAUGCUCUUUCUUCUUUUUUUUCUCUUCAUUUUUUAUUUUACUACGCUUUUCUUUUUGUGCCCCAAAAGAAAAAAAAAAAAUCUCUUCUUUUCUAACUUUGGCAACCUAGUACUGGGUUCUGAGAUCAGUUGACUGUAUCUUUUAACCUGAAGAUUUGUAAAUCAGCUUUCCCUUAGUAGAUAAGCCCUAGAGCGUGUCUCUAAAACUUAUGUCAGUUAACCUGGUAAAAUGAAGCUGAAAGUUUUUCAGGGCUUUUAUUUUUUUUUAAUGUUGUUUGUCACUAUAAAGCCUUGUGGCACAAGAAUGUGCGUACCUGAGUUCUAAGCACCAUGUUAGAGCAAGCACAGCGUUUCUGGUGAGACUUUGAUUGGACGUGAUGGGUUCUGCAGACUGUGGUUCUGUUUUGUGUCCAGAACUUAUGAUUUUUGUACCAAAUCAUCUUCAGCCCUUUCAUUUUCAGUUUCUUGCAUAUUAGGAUGGAGUUCUCAUUGAAAAGUGAAUGCAGCAAGUAAACUACAUUAUUGUAGUCGUUGAAACUGAACCACUUCACUCAGCACGUUGAGAAGUACUUACUCACUAUGGCAUGUUCCUCUACAAGGCAAGAGUGUUUAGCAUUACUGUUAUAGGCCUGCUAGAGCCAUGUGCACUUGAGCAUUCUAGAUUCUCGUGAGGAGAGAGGUCUGAAGAAACAAAUCUUUAGGAGAGGAGAAUGUGGCACUUAAGAGGAGUAACUCAGGUGCUUUGCCACACUGCAGAGUUGAAAUGUUUGAAUCUACUGACAUAUCUUCAUUAUACCUAAACGCAUAUCGAUCAUGUCUCGCUUUCCGUAAUUUUUACUUGGUUUUAUUCUUCUAGGAUAUUUUCAGAAACAAAAAAUAGUCUUGAGGACCAAAUGUGUUUCUUAUGUUUGACAAAAUGUAUAGAAAAUGCUGAAGAAGCUUUCAGCUGUCAUUGUAAUACUUCUGAAGAGGUUCAGAGUCACUAUGUGAUUCUGUUUAAAAACAGAAGGCUUCAAUAACUAGCAAUAAUUGCAAAGGACUUGCAGACCAAAGGAAGGAAUGUUUGGUAUUAAGGUAGUUCUUGGAGCACAGGGUGUUCAAGGCCCUCUUAAAUUCAGGGAAUGUUUGGCAAUGACUUUGCUGCUCUACAUUUAACAGUAUUUUGUAUGGAACAUAUUCUGAGACCUAGCAUUUUAUAUGCUCUUUUUGUGUAUGAAUGCGUUCAAUAGAUUUUGAAUAUUUUAUUGUCAAACUUUGAUAACAUAAUAAAGUUGAUCUAAUACA